AUGUCGGUUGCAAUGGAUAGAGCAUUGAUGGCUCUGUCGCUCGAAGAUGAACAAGAAGAAGAGCCCCCUUUCACCAUGCCGGAACUUCCAGGUUUCAGCUCGGCGGAAAAGAACUCUCUGAGCAUCAUGGGUAGACUUCUCAAUCCCGAAUGCCAAAAAAUGUCGGGAUUAAUUCUCACUAUGCCUAGGAAAUGGCAAAAAGAGGGGAGAGUAAGAGGUGUAGCGCUCUCCCAAGAAAAAUUCCAGUUCAUCUUUCAACAUGAACAUGACCUCCAAGACGUCCUGGAGAAAGGUGUCCAGACAUACAAUGAAUGGGCGCUGGUGAUGGAAAGAUGGGUUGAGAACCCACCUGAAGACUACAUCCAGUACAUUCCUCUAUGGGUUAGGAUAAGCAAGAUUCCGGUGAACUACUACACGACUCCGGCUCUCAUGACGCUCGGUGAAAUGAUAGGAGAGGUCAAAGUACUCGCCUUCGAUCCCAUGAAACCCAUAACUCAAGACUUCAUACGGGUUCAGAAACGUUGCUUCCACUGCAAGCGACUCAACCAUGAGCAACAAGUCUGCCCUUUCCUGAUCAAGAAGCGCCAAGAUGCAGCCAAGAUAAGAAGAGCAAACAGACUAGAGGUCAUAAACUCAGCUUCCAAAACCCUAACCCAAGCUGACCCUCUUUUCGGAGUGCUAGAAGAAGAACAAGUCAGAACGGACCCUCUCACAGGAAGACCCAAAAUUGCAAAAGAAGUUUUUGAGGAGAUGCGAAGAUUCCUGACCACAGAGACUGGUGAAGACCUUUCUAUCAAGAUUGACAAAGUCAAGAGAACUGUGAAGGAGGCAGAAAGUAGCCCGAUCUCUCAGAAAACUAUUCUGAGGCUGGAAGCGCCACCCAUAAUAACACAAGAACUCAACAAAGGCAAAGGUCCAGUUUUCGACUAUGGAAACGUGGACCUUGACCGUACCCAAUGGGAUCUGAAUGUAAAUACAAACAAGUUGAUGGCUGCCUCAAUGAGAGCUCACUCUUUCUCAGUGCUGUCAAAGAAAACUCCACCCGCUGGUACCUUAGCUCCUUCAUAUGACUCAGAAGGAAGCUUAUAUGCCUCUCAAUCGGACUGUCCAACGGUGUUUCGGGCUGGUUCUUCGGAACCUUACCUUACCGGGACAGGAAGAAAGAAGGCUAGAGUACGAAGGAGACCUCCAAGAGCCCAAAGACAGACCAACCAGCUAGCCCUGACUCCUGCAAAGGAACUUGCUAGCAACCUGCACAGAGAAGGAAAGGAGGAAAUAGGCUCAAGGAAAAGGAAGAAGACAGAUCAAGGAGCAGAGGCAUGCUCGCUGAACAAGCUACAAUGCCUGCCGGUGAUCCCAAAUGAGGGAUCGCCCACUCCUUAA